UUUCACUUAAGACAGUGCGCGUGAAGUCCGGCCUCAACGCGCCCAUUCAUAUAGCGAGAACCAACACCAACUUCCCCUUACUAUAAAUACAUAAUCUCGUCUAUUGAAUCUUCUUUUUCUAGUUUUCGCGUGCAAUUGUUUUCGCUUUUCUCAUAUCUAGAAAAUUUUGUAUUUUUGUGCGUAGAUUAGAGAGAGAGAGAGAGAAAGAGGAGAGAGAGGAGGUAAGAGCGGGAACUUCACGAGUCGAAACUCGAAAAAAAUGGCGACCAUGGCGGAGAACAAGGAUGAAAAAGGCUCGAUCGACCUUCCAGCACCUGAAGGCUGGGCCAAGAAGCUAAUGGCAAAAAAAACUGGGACACCAAGGAGAAAUGAGAUAAUAUUUAUUGCACCUACAGGGGAAACAAUUAAGAGUAAGAAACAACUAGAUAAAUAUCUCAAGUCUCAUCCUGGAGGCCCCCCUAUUUCUGAGUUCAAUUGGAGCACAGGUUUUUUCCUUUUUUCUUCCUAUCUUCAAAUUGAUGUGUGCACUUUUAAAUUGAGCAAAGAUCUAUAUCUAGUGAAGUUACUAUGCAAUCUCUGUACAGGUGAAACUCCAAGGCGUUCUAGAAGAUUAAGCGAAAAAUCAAAAGUAAGUGAGACAGAAUCACCAGAAAAUGAGCCUCCCCAGAAAAAGCAUAAAAAAUCAGGUUCCAAGCAGGAAGAAAAGGAUAAUGAAGAUGGGGACGAAGAGGUAGUUGAAUCAAAGGACGAAACUAGUGUAAAGGAGGAAAGUGAAGCAGGUAAAGAUGUGGAAAUGAAAGAAGUAGAUGCAGGGGAUGCUAGCAAAGUUUCUACUGAGGAUGCUGUUGCUGUCAGCAAAGGAGACGAUUCGAAGGAGGAUGCGGUUACUGCUAUAUCUGAUGACAACAUCACAGAACCAAAAGCUGAGAAUCAGGAAACUACUAACAAGACUAUUGAUGAAGAGAAAGAACAGGUUGCAAAUGACCCAUCUACAGCAGAAGAAUUGAAGGAAGAAGCUGAAAAGGUCCCAUCUACAGCAGAAGAAUUGAAGGAAGAAACUGAAAAGGACCCAUCUACAGCAGAAGCACUGGAGGAAGAAGCUGAAAAGGAAAAAGAGCCUGAAGCUCCAUCAGAUCUCUCCCAUCAGGUUGAGGCGGUCCCAGUGCCUACACCAGUAGCAGAUGUGCUAGUAUCAGAAGACGUGGAGGUAGCUGAUGAGCCUGCGGUUGAGGUUGAAGAAGGUAAUGAGACACAACCACUUGAGAAAGCUGAGCAAGAUGUAAUGGAAGCAGUUUUUGAGGCCGCUGAUGAAAAUGAAGCGCUAGUAUUAGAGGACGUGGAAGAGGUAGCUUAUGAGCAGGCACUUGAGGUUGGAGAACGUAAUGAGACAGAACCACUUGAGAAAGCUGAGCAAGAUGUAAUGGAAGCAGUAUUUGAGGCUGCUGAUGAACACGAAGCGCUAGUAUCAGAGGACGUGGAAGUGGUAGCUGGUGAGCAGGCACUUGAGGUUGAAGAACAUAAUGAGACAGAAGCACUUGAGAAAGCUGAGCAAGAUGUAAUGGAAGCAGUUUUUGAGGCUGCUGAUGAAAAUGAAGAAAAGAAACCAGAGGAGGAGAAAGCUGGGGUCUUCACCCCAAAACUGACUAGCGAUGAAAACUCAAAUUAUUCGGUAAACCUUGAGGAGAAGAUGUCACAGGAGCCCAAGGCUUCACAAGUUAGUUGAUGAAACCUAUAAAUAGGCCACUUUACUUCUCUUUAAUAUUUUUUUUUUGUGGAAGACAAUUAUUAUGUUUCCAGUUAGGAUAUCUUACUGACAGAGACAGUAAUAUAUGUUUCUGGUUUAAUUAGGCGCAUUAGGGUCUCAGUUCAUUGGGAUGGUUAGUAGAAACCCGUUACUUUUAUUUUCUUCCUUAGUGCUUUGACACACCUUUAUUUCUAACUUGUGACACACUAUUCAUUUACCGUACCAUUUGGUGAUUUAAUCGAUACUUUAUAUCAA